CGACGAUGAUGUAGGCCCGUUUGGCUUCCAGACUCGAAUUAUUUUUGGGUGGUCAAAGUUGACAGCGUAAUGGCUACGGCCAGCUAUACCACCGCGCGGGUGCUUCAUUUCUUCGAACCACACACCCCUCUCUCCUAUUUUACAUCACAAUAAUAGGGAGGACAAUGGACAAUACUUUGUGCGUGGGGAACAACAAUAAUUGUGUGGCGCAACUGUGGGUUGACUUGCAACAAGGGCUAGCCUCACUGUCCUACUGUCAAUAUUAUCCACGUGUACAAUGUACACGGCGAGUUCACUCAACUGUUAUCACUGAGUGACUGCCAUGUUUUUGGCUAACCCAAAUACAUGCACUUCCCCCACGGUUCACUGAUCAUGGGUGUAGGCCAAAUAAUUUUUACAGCAACAAUGCAGAACCAUUGCUUAGUGUGUGAUUCAUACGUAGGGUAAUAACAAUUAAGGACUCGCCCUGAACAGUUAUUUGGAAAGUUCAUUCAUAACCUUUCCCUCUCUCCCGUGCAGAGUGAUUUUCUCUGCUGUCUUAGCCAUACAAUUUUAGACGGGUUCAUCAGAAGUCGUCACUGGCCUUUUGAUCACUUUCGUACCCCCUCGGGGAUUACUUGAAAAAAUUAAUCGGCUGUGGACUCCAUGACGUUUGUGGAACUUGUGGAACUGUGAGUGGAAAUACAUCAACUGCGUGGAUCAGGGAAGCCAAUGCAAAAAAAAUGGCCGAUGUUCGAAUUCACAACUGGUGGUUAAUUUGUGCUUUACUGCUUGAAAUCGGCAGUAAUUCUGCAGCUCUGGCAGCGGAGAAUGACCUUCAACUGGUUGGAAGUGAUCGAACCUUUGAAGGCAAAUUGAUGAUACAGCAUGCUGGGGCUUGGAGGACAGUGUGUUACGACGGAUGGACACAUGAGGAUGCAUCUACUGCUUGCAGGCAACUAGGAUACUCACAGGGUGCGAUGAUUACCAGAGCAAAUGAUGGAACUUUUGCUGGCCCAGCAGCUACCCCCACCCUUCGAUCACCGGGUUGCACUGCAUCACACCACCGGCUCACUGAUUGCACCGAUUUCCAGUAUCAGGAGAAUUUGACAUGCACCAGUGAGGUUGACUUGAGUUGCUAUGCCAAUGACUUCAAUGGUUGUUUCUCGAACACACCUCAAUCUUGGAAUAUGGAUGAAAAACUACCUGGUGCAUCAAAUAGCAUUGAGUCGUGUCUGGAUUUCUGCAGGAGCUCAUCACUCAAUCCAAGAUUUGCGGCACUUGCUGAAAGUCGGUGUUUUUGUGGCUCUGAUGAGGGUAACAUGGGUAGCGUUGUCUCCAAACUCAACUGUGCAUUGCCAUGCAGUGGGGACCCCAUGGAAGCAUGUGGAUCUAAUACUAAUGGCUACUUUGCAAUAUGGCCAGUUACUGUUGGUGCACCUGGGGGCGCAUGGACCACCGCAACUGGCUGUCUGUACUCGCGUGACUUCCCAGCUCGAUACCAGACCACGCGCAUGACAACCACUGAUGAGUACACAGUGACUCUACCCACGCGUGCCUACAUCUCUCUCAUGUUCAAGAGCUUCGACAUCUACAGCGGUGACAGCGUUAAGUUGAGAGACAAGUCUGCUGGGUCGGCAAUGACGACAGUGGAUCUGACUCCGCCCAGCUCGCCAGGGACUGCUGUCAUACCUUUGGAUUUUCGAGUGUCAAGAUUUUCACUGCUGUUCGUUUUGGCAGCCAACUCGCCUUCAGGGAGUAAUUAUGGUUUUGUCAUCUGCUAUGAAUCACUUGUGGAACUUCCUACCGAACCCCCUACUGUACCUUCAACUGUGCCUCCUACUGUGCCAGCAACUGACCCACCAACUGACCCACCAAUUGACCCACCAACCAUCCCCCUGACAGCUCCCCAAACCGAUGCUCCACAGCCACAGACCUUGCCUCCAGUUGGCCCUACUAUUGGUCAGCCCACAGACUCUCCGGAUUCACGGACGACUCCCAGUCUAGAUGCUAUAAUGAGUACCGAUGUGCUGGCCAUUGAUAGCACCUCGGAACCACCAACUAGUACAAUUGAUGACCAAGAUACGGUCAUGAUGUGUCCUGCUUAUCAGGGGGCUCCUCUGGAAAACAGAACGGGUAGCGAGACAAUGACUGACAUUCUUCUCAUCAACACUGGCAAUCCCUUCAACUGCAGUGGUUUCUUGACCAACAUUAGUUAUUUUUCUGCUGGCGACCAUGCAUUGGAAGUCAGUAUAUGGCAACCUAAUCACAAUCCAGACACAGAUGAGUGGCUGUACAGCUUAUCUGCCAGGGCCGCUCUAGAAGGAGCACACCCGGGGAUUGCAUCAGUUUCACUCAACAGGGAUGACUGGCUUCCUUUUGGUCCUGGGGAUGUGAUGGGAAUCCGCUUCCAGACCUCACCACUGGUGUUCAGCGAUGUAAUCUCAUCAGACGAGGAAGCCACACUUUGGAUGAGAUGGAAUCUUGAAGAUGGAAGUGUAGCUGGCUCCAUCAUGGAGAAGAGGGACACGGUCAAUGCCACUGCUCUCAACCGUACUUACUCCAUCUCUGCAACCUUGAGAGACAAAGCUCACUGUCUGGUCCCAAAUGUUCCCAACAUUGCUUCCACCGAUGCCAUUGUACCUUACGUGUACGAGGGAGACGACUACUUACUAGAUUGCAGAGCGGGCUACCGACCAGUUGGAGGGCGAGUUUACAUGUGUCAAUCUACUGGGAGAUUUGAUAGAAACUUGGAAUGCCAAGACGAUGGAAGUUCCCCAUUACCAAUCUUCACCGUGGUGAUCCUGUGUGUUGUUGUCUUGGUAUUGAUCUGUCUGACUGUGUUUGUCAUCACCUGCAUGAUGAUGUGUUGCAGUUCUGGGGCCAAGCGCUCUGGGGAAUCUGCACCUGCCAAUGUGAAGAUGGAGGCUGACACCAGCUCCAAGUCUAUAGACCAGCCAGAUGCUGGCAUGGGUGAUACCAAUAGCAUGGAUGACAACCAAUUCCUCAUCAACAUUGACUCAGAAAAUGGCGAGCCAGAUGAAGUUGCCAACCCUGUGGCAGAACAGGAUUUGGAAGUGCCAGCGCCCGAGGAGACUUCACCCCUACCGGACUCAGAUGCCCACGGCAUGGAGAAUGGCAUUGCUAACCCAGAGGCCAAUGUGGAGGGCACCCCAGUCAUGGAGAACCCUGUUCAUGAUUCUGAUGUAAGUGUCUACCGUCCGUUUGUCUACUCAACUCCCACGGGGGGACUGCUGGCUGAAUACCCUCCCCGUACUCCUCCCCCUGCUCCCCCUGUGGCCCCUCCCCCACCUCCAGUUGGAGGUACUAACACUGAAAUCACCCCUAGCAACCCAGUGCCCCUUGCACCAGUGCCACCUCCGCUCUACCUUCAACCUACCAUCCCAGUAGCGCGUUCUGAUCAGCCCCCACCGGAUAGUCCAGAUACUGGGUCCAAUGCCGCCCUCAUUAGCGAGGAUCAGUCAGAUACUUUAUCUAAUCCCAGCCAGAGAGGGUACUCUUCGAGGCGUAUUGGCCAGAGCAUUUCCUCACGGCUCAGCGUCUUUGAAAACUAAAUGCUUCAUUUAUUAUUUGAUGAAAUGCAAAUGCAGCAGCCAUCUUGAAUUUAUGAUGCCAUUUUAGGCAAACAGUUUCCAAAAUAAGUUGCUCAACCUUUUCAAAUCAGCAAUUAAAGUCCCCUUUUUCCGCGAUUUUGUGGGUAUUUUUCGCCAAAACCCUUUCUUUUUGCGAGUGGCUGUUUAUUUUAACGUCCGUGGAAAGGAAAUAGCUGUAGUUAUUGUCUAACAUUUACCACGAUAAAGGUUAUGAACAGCACCUCCAUAGGAAGAUGGUGUCGGCCCCCCCCCCUCCCCAUUGUAACCUCAAGCCACUCCCACACACCCCCCUAGGGUGAGAACCCUGGCUACGCUGCUGCAUUGUAAUAUGUUAUGUAACAAAUCAUUUAACCUGGAAUCGUCUGUGGAUGGUACACCAUUCUGCGUUUUGAUACCAUUUCUCAUUCAUAAAAAUGACUACACUUCUGAGUUGCAGCUCUAGUGGCUUUUUUCGGGACCAUUGACAAUGGGCAUGCGCAUGCAUACACAGGCUUUUAGGUUGCUAUUUUAUUGGGCUCUUUCUUACUUUUCCAUUAGAUUUUGGAUAUCAUCAGAUUUUAUUUUGACUGCUCCCAAAAAUAUUUCCUUGCCCCCCAAUUUCCCCCCAAAUUUUAGAGUCUGGCGCCGCCACUGCUUAAGGCUGCAUUUUUUCUAAUAAAGGUGUCAUGUUGAAACAGUACUCACUUGCAUAAACAUUAAAUAGUGCAAAUUAACUGGAAACAGUUGCAUGAUAUGUUUCAUUUUUGCUAAUCUUUCCCCUUUCUGUCAGUCACUUUUUAUGCAGCUCAUUAUCUCCUUGACCAGAAAUGGUUAAUUGGAUUGAAAAUUUCAAUCUUGUCCAAAUUGAUCAUGUGCGUUUUUUAUACUAAAUGACAAAUUGACUCGGCAUAAGAUGCGACUUGGCAAACUUAUUAUUGUUUUGUUUUGUUGUUCUUAAUAUUUUUGGGGGGAAAUUUAAGAAAUUAAUGAUUGGACAAUGUCUAACAUUUCCUUUGAUAACUUCAAAGGUCUAAAUUUAACAACUGCCUGUGAACAUCUGAAGAAAUGCUUUACAUGUUCUGGUGAGUUGUGGUGAUAUUCCUGGCUUAAAAGGUAAUGGACCAUUUCAUCAGCUUGGUAAAGGCUUUUAUCAUUAAUCCUGUAAAAUCAGUCACCUUUCAUGUACAUUGCUAUCACCCAUAACCUUGAAUGAUUCAUGUAGUUAUAGCAACAAUAUCUUUUGAUAAUCAGCAACUAAAAACAAUUAAUCAACCUGUCUUAAUUUGGUGGUUUGUCUUGUGCCUCUUUAGUUUUGGUUGAGAGUUACUUCUUUGUCCCAUACUCAUGGAUCCCGAUCCUUGCCUGCUCCCAAUCAAUUCAAGUUUUUCAGACAUCGUUUUAAACAAAAUCUGUUGUAAUUAAUGCCCAGUUUUAAUUUACUCAUUAUAUGCUGCUGUACUACUCACACUACAAUUGAUUACAAAUGAAAAUAUGACUGAUAUAUAUAGUGUAAAUUAAUUGUAAAUAAUGCGUAGACAUAUAUUUUUACUAAAAUCAUUUAAGGCAAUUUUAAUGUUAUAUUUAUAGGUUGUACGCUAUGAGAAGCACCAAUAGUAGUGUACAAUCUAAAGUUUAUCGCAGAAUACAUUUUAAAGUUGUAUUCUUUUGAAGACAUUUGUUAUUGUUGGUUUUGUUUUGUUUUUUUGCUAUUCGCAUACUCAGUGCUGUACCCAAUAUCAAAUCUUCCUGACACAAAAUCCAACUGACAAAAACAGACUGUGAUUGUCUUACCUUAGGAUGUGUUGGAGUAAAGGAGAGAUGUAUUCACAACAUCCUAUGAAGUUGAAGGUGUGUCGCAUGACCUGAUGAUGGAUGAGUAUGCCAAUGUAAGACCGUGUCUAAGCACAAGUUAUUAUAUGGGAUACUGUUACAAGUUUCCCAACAUUGUUAGUACAUUAUCUUUCAAACUGUGGUGGUGGUCAUUUAAGUAUUCAUCAAAAGGAAAUUCAUAUACACUCAAGACAGUUUACCCAUUCCUACUGGUCAAGAGCCUGUCACAUAGGUGGUUUUAAAUGGUUGAUAAAACACCAACUGGUUUUAUACACUUUUCCCCGGCACUGCUUUGUUCUGCGCCACAUUGUGCAGUAUGCACCACGCGUGUGCGAAUCUCCAUGGACUUAUUCACGAGAAAGCCAUUUUGGUCGGGUUCCCUGAAUGUAUUUUAUUAACCCUAACUCCCUAGGGGGUGUGCAAAAUUGUUGCAUGGGAGGAUGCCAGAUUAUUUAUACAUUCUAGCCUCACUUUCGUUUUUUGUGACUUAAACAUUAGGGUAUAUUUAAUCACAAAUUGUACAUUAUUCAUUAGAGCAGACUGGUAUAAUGCGUCAUUAACUUUGUCAUUACUUUCAUUUCUCUUCGCAAGUUCUAAAAAUAACAGCGUUGCUGUUGAAACCCCUCAGCCAGAGUCAAGUUAUCAUCCGACAACCAUUAACCUUCAACUCAACAUGGUGAACUUGACCUUUGGCCUUUGACCCCAGAACCAGUCCCAACUUGCCUGUACCCAAGGGCAACCCCCUACCUAAGUCAGACACCAAAAUCUCAUUUCUAACUCAAGUUAUCAUCCGGAAACCA